AUGACCGAGACUGCGGCGAAGAAGAAGAAGUGGCUCCAGAAGGAAAAAAUCGGCCAAGGCGCGCAUGGCAUCGUGUACAAGUGCACGGAGAUGCCACCGUCCACGCGCGUCGUGGCGCUCAAAGAGCUGAGCACGAAGGAUCUCUCGGCCGAUGAAAUCGAUGCACUCAUGCGCGAAGCCACCAUCAUGCACGGGCUCACACACAAGCACAUUGUGCACUACGACGGGGUCAAGCAGAAGAAGCGCCGCCACACGUUGGAGAUCUCGAUGGAGUACAUGCCGGGCGGCUCGCUUAGCGCGUACAUCCGCGCGGUUGGCGGUGCUCUCACGCUCGAGCGAACGCAGCGCUAUACGUGGCAGCUCCUGCGCGCACUGCAGUUUCUUCACGACCACCGCAUUGCGCACCGGGACAUCAAGAGCGCCAAUGUGCUAUUGAAUUUGGACCAAUCGCAGCUCAAGUUGGCCGACUUUGGCGCGCUCAAGGAAAUUGGAAGCGUCUCGGUCGUCGGGGGGCUCAAGGGAACGCCCCACUGGAUGGCGCCAGAAGUCAUCAAGGAGCAACAAACGAGCGAAGGUUGGAUCAAGGCCGAUAUUUGGAGCCUUGGCUGCACCGUGCUCGAGAUGCUCACGGGCCAGACGCCGUGGCACGAGUUCAGCAACCCACUCACUGCCAUGUACAAGAUCGUCUCGAGUGACUCGAUUCCAAAGGUCCCCAACGACUUGCCGGCCGAGGCAAUUGCCUUCCUUCACGCGUGCUUCCAGCGUGACCCCAGUAAGCGGCCAGACGCCAAACAGUUGCUGCUGUCGCCUUUCUUGAAGAGUGUGCGACGGGAGCGCAAGAAGAUCAGAGCGGAUGCCACGUCACGCCCCCUCAGUAACUCCCCGCUCAAGACGGUGUCCACCACGAAAUCCAAGCCCAAAUUGGCCGUCUCCGACAAGCCGGCAACACCGGCACUCAAGCUCUCCACGCCCGAAGAAGACGACGUUCCGAUGCCCAAAUUCAAAGUCCUCUCGAUUUUACAAGCACCCGACGUCGUCCCGUCGCCUUCGAUGCGUCACCGGGCCAAGGUUGCGUGCAUGCAGCCUUCGCAUUCCGACUCAGUCAACGUGUAG